AGAUUCCGCGCGUCGCGGAGACGCGCGGGUCCGCGGCUUGAGACGCUGCCGUCGCCACCAUGCCGAUGAAGGGCCGCUUCCCUAUCCGCCGCACGCUGCAGUACCUGGGCCGCGGGGAUGUGGUAUUCAAGGAGUCGGUGAAGGUCAUGACCGUGAACUACAACACGCAGGGGGAGCUGGGCGAAGGCGCCAGGAAAUUUGUGUUUUUCAACAUCCCUCAGAUCCAGUAUAAGAACCCUUGGGUGCAGAUCAUGCUGUUUAAGAACAUGACGCCAUCGCCCUUCCUGCGGUUCUAUCUAGAUUCUGGGGAGCAAGUGCUGGUAGACGUGGAGACCAAGAGUAAUAAAGAGAUCAUGGAGCACAUAAAGAAAAUUUUGGGCAAGAAAGAGGAGACCCUCAGGGAGGAGGAACUGGAGAAGCAGCGUCAAUCUCAUCCAGCCAACUUUGGCCCCCGGAAGUACUGCUUGCGGGAGUGCAUGUGUGAAGUGGAAGGUCAGGUGCCCUGCCCUGGCCUGGUGCCCUUACCCAAGGAGAUGACAGGGAAGUACAAAGCUGCUCUGAAAGCCAGCACUUAGGUCUGAUGGAACUCUCUGAAAUGGAAAAGCCUGUUUGCACACCCAUUUAAAGGACAUGGGGAGAAGGCCAGAGUUGUCAGCUGCUGAACAGAUGUCAAUAAAAGAUUUAGUCUUCCUGUA